AUGUCGCUUCCUCUAAGCUCUCCUCGGCUCCCAAGCCCGCCGCCGGCCCCCGAAAUCCAGAUUGGUCCCAAAUCGCCAGCCAUGGGCCCCAUCGCCAACCGCCAGGCGCAACAAUACGAGAUGCCUACGAUAGACCUGCUAUCCCAUCGUCGGAUCCACCCAGGCACCAAGGCCGCCGAUAUGGCUGCCGGCCCUCCGCUGGUUCCUCUGCACCAGCUCGACUCGGCCUUCCAACUCCAAGAGCAUUUGGCAGCACUCCAUUGGCAUCAUACGGCCGGUAACACAACUCCCAUUACGAGGGAGACAGCCAAGAUUCUUGCGACGCCCCCUGCUCAUAUCGACAAGACGGUCUGGCUCGCCGCCACCUGCCCGGAGAUGCGUGCGAGCGAGUGGCAGUUCCUAUGCGCCGUCCAUGAUGCACCGAAGAGCUGCUGCGCAAUCGACUAUUGCUGUCACACCCUUGAUUGGGCGGCCAACACGGUGACCAAUCCCAAGUACUUCCCCAGCCGCUUCUUUGUUGACACCCAUGACAAAAACCUGGCUUUGAGGCACUUGGUCAAUAUCUUCCGCCGCCUGCACCGCGAUGAUGACGCUCCUCAAGUCGUGAUAGAGAAGCCCAAGACACAUCAACCUGGGGGGUCCGUUACUUUUGCGAAGCCCCCAGUGAUAGCAAGCCGGGGAACACCGAUUGGGGAACCGGCUGCUGAUGAUAGUCUCAUGAGGACCAACACGAGGCGGCAUAUUAAGAGCAGCCCUUCUGUCGGCAGUGCCCUGACUACUGUUCCGGAUGCGGAGGAGGAGGAUGGCAGCAGCACAGCGAACACAAGAGGAAAAUCAAAGGUCACGCACAGAAGGGUCCCAGAAUUGGAGCCGGCUACGGAAGAAGAGAUGGAAACGGACAAUAUUCCCGUUAUUGUAUACCAUGGAGCCGCAGAGCCGCAGGCGCCCCAUCAACCGACGGGUGAAGCUGAAACGACGGAACCCGAAGAUUCGACAUCCGCCGAUACAGCGGCAGCUUCGCCUCCUGUCGAAGUGCAAAAACCGGAGACAGAAAAAUUAGAGUCGGAAGAAGUCACAGAGGAGGCAACAACGAGCGCUCACGGACCUGUACAAGAAGGCGAACACGCAUCUGAAGAUCAGCCGACAGAGAAAAGCACCUCCGAUGAGACCAAUGAGGAGUCCGCAGAAGUCGAUCAUGAUGAAGUAAUACAGCCAGGCAACGAACAAGACAAAGGCUCGGAAUCAACGGAUGUCGCUGCGCACAAUGAAGCCGCAACAAGUGCAAUCCCAGCAUUAGUGUCGGAGUCGGAAGAUAGCGAUGUUGAUACGCCAGCAUCCUCUUCUGGGUCUGCCAAUGAUGACCCCAUUGGGGAUGAUCAGGAGUUGGACAAGAACCCCACGACAAAUACUGUUCCCGAUGCCGAGAGUGAGGAGAAGCCGGCAGGCGAGGAACCGACACUGGAAUCCAACGACGAUGGGUCUGGGGAGAAGCAAAAUGACCAUCAUGACGAAACGAAAGAAAGUACUUCAGAGAGUGACUCGGCGCAGUCUGAUACAAACACCGCCCAAGAGGAAGAGAAGGAAGAGGAAAAAGAGAAGGAAGAGGAAAAAGAGAAGGAAGCGGAAAAAGAGGAGGAAGAGAAGGGCGAAGGGAAGGGGGAAAAGGAUGACAAAAAGGACAAAAAGUCGGAUGAAGAGGCCACGGCUCCUGUCGCUGAGCAGGCCCCAAAGGUGGACUAG